AAACCCCACAGAUCCUUACAUCUUCACCCAACCCACCCCAAGUUCCUCCUCAGUCUUUUUUUAACAAACAAACCAUUUUCUUGCUUUUGUUCUCAGUAACAUUUUAUAGUCAUUGAUUAAACCAAAUCAAAAACACCUAAACCUAUGGAUGUGACAAAUGAGACCAUGGAGAGAACCGAUCUCCGGCGGCCAUUGGUGGAUCCGACGGUGGACACAGAAAAGAGACCUCCAUUGGACGUCGGGCUCGAGAGCGUGUUAAUGGAGAGUAGCUUGUCGUACCGGAGGCGUAUAUACUUAGGCGCGUGUAUAGAGUUGAAACUACUUUCCCGGUUGGCUCUUCCGGCGAUACUUAUCUAUUUAGUCAACAGCGGAAUGAGUGUUUCCACUCGUAUCUUCGCCGGUCAUGUUGGCGGUCAGGAACUCGCCGCCGUGUCCCUCGGAAACAGCUGCUUCAAUCUCGUCUAUGGCCUUAUGUUGGGUAUGGGUAGUGCUGUCGAGACACUAUGUGGACAAGCAUAUGGCGCCCACCGGUAUGACAUGCUUGGGAUCUAUCUCCAAAGAGCAACAAUUGUCCUUGCUCUAGUUGGCUUACCCAUGACAAUACUAUACACCUUCUCGUACCCGAUUCUUAUCCUCUUAGGCGAGCCUAAAACAGUGUCCUACAUGGGAUCCAUGUACAUCACCGGACUCAUCCCUCAGAUAUUCGCUUACGCCGUAAACUUCACGGCCCAAAAAUUCCUCCAAGCCCAGAGCGUUGUGUCCCCCAGCGCGUACAUCUCAGCCGUCGCACUCCUCCUCCAGAUAUCGCUGACAUGGGUCGCCGUAUAUGUAAUGAACAUGGGCCUUAUGGGCAUAGCUUAUGUUCUUACUAUCUCUUGGUGGGUCAUAGUUGGGGCCCAGAGUUUUUACAUAGCUGUUAGUCCGAGGUUCAGACACACGUGGACUGGUCUUAGUUGGACAUCGUUCCAUGGUCUUUGGAGCUUCUUCAAACUAUCUGCUGGCUCUGCUGUUAUGAUUUGUCUGGAAAUGUGGUAUUCACAGAUUCUUGUUCUUCUCGCCGGUUUGCUUAAAGAUCCAACACGCUCGCUUGAUUCUCUCUCCAUAUGCAUGUCAAUUUCAACAUUAUCCUUCAUGGUUUCCGUUGGUUUCAACGCGGCUGCAAGCGUACGAACUAGUAAUGAGCUUGGAGCAGGAAAUCCGAAAUCAGCAUUGUUCUCUACAUGGACGGCGACUUUUGUUUCCUUCGUGAUCUCCGUGGCGGAGGCACUCGCCGUGAUAUGGUCACGAGAUUACGUUAGCUACAUUUUCACGUCGGACAUUCACGUGGCUGAAGCCGUCUCGGAGCUCUGUCCUUUUCUCGCCGUCACCAUCAUUCUCAACGGAAUCCAACCUGUUUUGUCCGGAGUGGCAGUGGGAUGUGGAUGGCAGACAUACGUGGCAUAUGUGAACGUUGGUUGUUACUAUAUUGUUGGUAUUCCCGUUGGCUGUAUUCUCGGCUUCACUUUCAAUUAUCAAGCCAAGGGAAUAUGGACCGGGAUGAUUGGAGGUACCCUCAUGCAAACACUCAUCUUACUUUACGUCACGUACCGAACAGAUUGGGAUAAAGAGGUGGAAAAGGCUAAGAAACGUUUGGAUAUGUGGGACGAAAAGAAGGAACCUCGCCAAAACUAGUUAUAACUUAUAACAAGUGUGGAGGAGUGAAGGACACUAAAGAAAAGAAAGCAAGUGAUGUGAGGUUGUUUUGAUGUAGCCUUUUGUCUCAGGGAAAACAUUUUUUUAACCUGGCGGAUUGCUCUUUAAUUUAUCUACUAAAUGUCGUUCUUAAAUUUAUUAAUCUUAUAACCUUUUUCUCUAAAGUAUUAUUUUGAAGAUAAUAGUUAAUUAUAUAAGCAAAACAUUAAUUUAUUAGAAAGAUAGGGAAUAAUAAUCGACCACUUCAAAACAAAUCAAGAAUUUCUCUUUUAUUUUUGAUUAAUUUUUAUGUGACUGGACCAAGAUCGG